AUGGAGCGGAGCCGAGUAACCGGAGAAGCACCGACCGGGACUAGGAUCCUGCUUGCGUCACUAUCUGCGAUGGUCGCAGAGACAGUCACGUUUCCGAUUGAUCUCACAAAGACCAGAAUGCAGCUCCAUGGUUCAGGAUCGCACCGGAUUGGCGCGAUCGGAGUCGUGUCGGAGAUUGCGAGGAAGGAAGGGGUGAUUGGUCUUUACAAAGGUCUAUCUCCGGCGAUUAUCAGACACAUGUUCUACACGCCUAUCAGAAUCAUUGGGUACGAGAAUUUGAAAGGAUUCGUCGGAAACAAAGGCGAGUCUCUUCCUCUCGCCACGAAGGCUCUCGUCGGAGGGAUUUCUGGUGUUAUAGCUCAGGUAGUGGCUAGUCCAGCUGAUUUAGUCAAGGUGAGAAUGCAAGCCGAUGGUAGAUUGGUGAGCCAAGGCCUGAAACCGAGAUACUCAGGACCGAUCGAAGCUUUCACCAAGAUCCUACAAUCAGAAGGACCUAAAGGGCUGUGGAAAGGUGUUCUUCCAAACAUACAAAGAGCAUUUCUAGUGAAUAUGGGAGAACUAGCAUGCUAUGAUCACGCCAAACAUUUUGUCAUCGAGAAAAAGAUCUCCGAGGAUAACAUUUACGCGCACACCCUUGCAUCUAUAAUGUCGGGUCUUGCUUCCACAACUCUGAGUUGUCCGGCAGAUGUGGUGAAAACAAGGAUGAUGAACCAGGGUGAGAAGGUUGUGUACAGAAAUUCUUACGAGUGUUUGGUAAAGACGGUUAGGCUUGAAGGAGUAAGAGCUUUGUGGAAAGGUUUCUUCCCGACAUGGGCAAGGCUUGGACCAUGGCAGUUUGUGUUUUGGGUCUCUUACGAGAAGUUUAGACAGCUUGCAGGUCUCUCUUCCUUCUAG